AUGUUCAAUGAUGAAGAAAUUGAGCAAAAUGGAGAAAGACCUCAUCCCAAGUUGGGUCACUAUGAGAAGCUUUAUCGGAGACAAAUCCAAUACCAAAUGAGUGUUGCCAUUAAAGAUAAUUGUGGCCAAUCAGACACGAAUAUCGGCCUUCUAUGUUGUAGACUCACAUGUCAACUACAACAUGCUACUAGGCCAAGAUUAGAUCCAUCAAGCGAAUUACAUACCUUCCUCACCUUUUCAACUAUUGUUCUUUUGGGACGGCAAGAAGGUGCUGAGAUAUAUGAUGAUGAUGUUGGUUGGAUCACUUUGGCCAGACACGAUGCAAGCACCGAAAAUGUUUGUCAGGACUCGGUGCGCGAGAGUGACACCUCAACAAGGGAAGAAGGAGCAGCCACGAUCCUCUACAUGAUGGAGCGACUGCUUGAGCAUUGGGCCGAAGAAUCAUUACAACCGAACUCGGCCAUGAAUCUAAUCGAGUUUUUACAAGAAGCUGGAGAUGGCGAAGUUUUGAACAUUGAAGACCUCGAUCUGGCCCCAGUCGAGAUGGAGGAUAGUCAUCCCAAGGAUAUAUGUCAACAAGCCAAUCUCAUUUUCCACGACCUGAUUGGCCAUACUGUCGAGGUAUAUGUCAAUGAUUCCGAGGUCAAAUCAACAUCUAGGGCUAGUUAUGUGGAAGAUAUUCUACGCACAUUCAAGCGAAUGCGAGCGCACGAACUAAAGAUGAAUCCUAAGAAAUGCGCGUUUGGCAUUUCGGCCGAGAAUGACCUUAGUUUUCUGGUCCACCAUAGAAGAAUUGAGGUGGACAUGAAUAACUGUAUCAUGAUAAAGCUUGGUUCUUUCCUUAUAGAUGUUCACAUGCUCAUAGGCUUCAUUCUGGAGCUCAUUCAAGUCACUCACUUGCAUCUUCCCAUCUAA